AUUGCAGGAAAAUUGACCUUGAUUGUAGGACCUGUUGGCUCUGGCAAGUCUUCACUACUUUCAGCAUUCUUGGGAGAGAUGGCUCAGAUUUCAGGAAAUAUGUUUAAAGCCAGGUCUGCAUCUAUAUUUUGUAUCAAUUUCUUUACUUUUCCAAUUUUAAAACAAUCUAGUGUUCUAUUUUUCCAUUGGUCAAUGGAUUUAAAUUACUUUUUCUUUUUUAAUUAUAUAAGAAUUAUUUGAACUGUGAAUUUUUAAUAAAAAUAUAUUAUUAGAGAGAGAAUUGUAUUUAAUAAUUUGCUCCCCCUGUGAAUUUCUUAUAGUAAGAGAUAUUAAUAUCUCUCAAAUGUCUAAGCUGAUUUAAGUACACAUUUUAAAAAGCAUAAUUAUCUUCUAUUUUACAGGAAUAUGAGUGUUGCUUAUGUCUCUCAGAGACCCUGGCUGCUCAAUGCAUCACUUAAAGACAAUAUACUCUUUGGAAAGCCUUUUGUAUGGAGAAAGUAAGUGAUUUUAUCAAAUACAUUCUUAUGUUGGUGAUCUAAUGGGGUAAAAAUACAAGGCGUGAUGUAGUUAUUUAUUUUCAGUAAAGGAAUUAAUUUUAUUUGUUAUGUGAUGGCUUUUUUUUACACUAGAGAAAUUCUACAGAUGUCUUGUGUUAAAAUUGUUCCAAUUGUAAAUGUUUUCUUGGUCAAAAUAUGUACUUAUGUGUGUGCUGAAAAUGAAUAUAUACAAUUUAAUAAAAAUAUUUCCAUUGAUUUGGAUUUUUUUAAAAAUCUUAUUUUAUCUUACAUAAAGGUUAUGUACCGAGAUGAUUCUGACUAUUGUGCUCUAAGUUUUUUUGGACUAAAUACUCAACAAUUUUUCUUUAUUAUGUAUUUAAUGUAUUUCAGAUACAAGAAAGUUAUAUCUUCUUGUGCUUUGCUGCCUGAUAUAGAACAGUUGCCUGCAGCAGAUAGCACAGAAAUUGGUGAAAAGGUACUAUCUUAAAAUCAAUUUAGCUAAAAUAUCAAUAUUUGUGCUGAAUUCUAUCUACCAUCGUUUCCCAAUUAAUUUCUUUGUCACUGAAGUCAAGUUAAAUCAAAAGUAAAUCCAGAAGAUUUACAAUAAAAGUACGUUAUAUUAAAAAGAGGGUUGGACUGAGAUAAAGCUUUUCAAUAGAUUAAGAAGCCUCGAAAAAUUUGUUUCAGUAAAACAAUAUUUGUUAAGCUUUUAUUAUGGUUAGACAAAAUACAAAUUUAAACGUUUCAGCUAUGUCUUCGUCAGUACAAUAAAAAGCUUUAAUGUAAUUAUAAAUCAAAUUAGCAUAGUAUAUCCGACUUAAAAAAUUAAAGAAAAGAACAGAAUAAGUCCCCAAUGAAAACAAAGAUCAGAAGAUUGGAAAAAAGAAAAUACAUAAAUUAAUCUACUUCAUAUUAAAAAUUGACCUAGGAUUUUCUGUUGUUGAAUACUACUUACCUACAUUUGUCAAGGAUUUAUAAAUGCAAGUUGCUGUGUGUCUUCACUAAUACUUUUUUUUCCCCUGUAGGGAGUAAACUUAAGUGGAGGGCAGAAACAGAGAGUCACAAUAGCCAGGGCUUUAUACUCUGAGGCGGACAUAGUUAUUUUGGUAAGUUUUAACUGGACUUUUCAAAAUUUGCAUGUUGAAAACAGGACAAAGAUAUGCAACCACAAAAAUGUUUUAUUCCUCCCUCCCUAACGAAAUCAACAAAAAUCUGUUGUGUAAAAAAAAUUAUAAUAAUAAUAAUAAAGAGAGAUAUUUUCUUUGUCUUUUUAAAGUUAUGCCUAUGUUCAAAUAAAAUAUUGGACCCCUCUGCUUUUCCAAAAAAGAACAACAAAUUUUUUAUAUUUACUUUAGUAAAUUUGUAGCUUGAGUAUUUCUGUUUGAGGAUGAUCUUAUUGAGUAUUUCUGUGUUUGUACGUUUGUAGGAUGAUCCCUUCUCAGCUUUAGACAGCCAUGUGGGAAAACAUGUGAUGGAGGAAGCUAUAUUGAAGAGACUUGUCAAACGUAGUCGCACAGUCAUACUUGUGACUCACCAUAUACAAUACUUAACUUAUGCUCAUCAGGUACAUUGUUUGAUAGUAGAUAUUUUAAGACUGGCAUUACAUAGGAACUGGAUUCGCUAUGACAAUAUUCAAACGUUAUAUUCUGAUGUAAAAUGGCUACAUAUUGCAAAUAACUGUUUUAUUGCCAGAAAUGUUCUAUCUUUCUAUUAAUUUUGAUAUGUCAGUUUUUUAUUGUAAAUAUAAUAAUAAUAAUAAUAAAGUUUAUUUGAAAAUCACGCUUCAUCCCCAAAUGCUCGAAGUGCGGUACAUAGUCUAGUAUAUUAAAAGAGAAAUGAAACAAUCUAUAAUAUACCACAUUGAAAUACAAAAUGCAACAUUGCAAAAACUAUAUACGAGAAUACCCACUCUUUCACUUGCAACCAUAAACAACACAGGCCAACACACAUCCACAAGAUAAUAGCUACAUAGACAUCAUCAUCCCUGCAGGUGUUUGCGAAAUAGAUAUGUCUUAAAAUCAGUUUUGAAAGAGUAUAGUGACUGGCUGUUUCUGAGAACGACAGGAAGGAUGUUCCAAAUUGUUGGGCCAGCAAAUGCGAAAGUACGCCCUCGUAAGUCUCAAGGCGAACACAUGGUAUGGAGAGUUUGCCACUAUCAGAAGAGCGGAGUUGUCUAAAGGGUACAUAAGGCUUCAGCAGCUCUUUGAGAUAGGACGGUGCCAGGUCAUGCAAGCAGCAGUAGCACAGAGUUGCAAUUUUGUACUCUAUGCGAGCGCGGACCGGCAGCCAAUGCAACUCUCUCAGAAGUGUUUUAGCAUGGUCAAAUUUGCGUUUCCGAAGGACAAUGCGAGCUGCAAAAGUCAACACAAUUAUAUCUCUGCUAUUAGUUAUUUAUUUUAAAAAUGUGUCUACAAAUAUAUCCAACAGGUUAUUGUAAUGGCUAAUGGUCAUGUACACUAUCAAGGCAAAGUAGGAGAGGUGAAAAAAUUUGACCCUGACCUUUAUGAGGUCUGGAGGAAAGCUAUUAGGGAAGCUAAAGCAGCAGAACUCAGGUAAAUCAACUCAGUAUUAAAUGCUGAUAGCUCUGUUCAGUUAAAUACAAUUUUUAAAUAACUUACAUUUUAAAAAAGAAAACUUUAUUGUUUGAAAAUAUGAUUAUAUAUGUAUCUAUAACAAAGUUAAUAUGUAACUAGGUCUAUUUAAGCUAUUUAAUACAUCAUUUUUAUAAUUAAAAUUCAGUCAGAAAUUUGAAUGUGGUGACUUUCUUCACCUGGAGAGAAAACACAGUGGAGGGAGUCAGGUUAGUCAUGAAACUAUGCCGCGCCCUUCUUCUUCCCAGGUUGGUCUAUUUUUUUUUCUCUUUGGUUUUCAUCUGGCUUCUUGUACAGCACUUGGUGGUGACCUGCAGUUUCUGUCUUACAUGUCGUCACACGGUGAGCUGGACACGCUUUUCAUAUGAGACGAAGAUUUGUUUCGUGAUCCACACCAUUUCCUGAAUGGAACACGCCAUUUCCUUUAAUUGGCCAAUGAAGAUUUUCUCUAAACUGGAGUGUAAUAAAAUUUUAGAUCCUUGAUUCAGUGACUUGUGAUGGUAUUAUCUGACCAAACCACAAGGUUGAAAUAGUUUCUGUAAGGCAUCUCACUGUAGUAUUGUUUUCAUCAUUUAUGUUGUUUUGCCUGAGGCUUGUUGGCAAAAGCAUUGAUACUUUCCCAUGGUGUUACAGUGUUCACGGUAAUCAGUAUUGUGCAAAUAACUUGGAUGAGAUUUAACUUUCGGUGUCCUUAAAUCAAUCAAGAUUUUUAACAAAUAUAUUGGAUUUAUGUAUUUUUUAGUUAAGAUUUUAAUUAAAUUUAAAAAAAAAACAAAAAAAAAACGUUUAUUUUAAAUGCAUUCAAAUUUUUAAAAAAUUUUGUAUUCACAAAUGAUAAUUUCCUUUUUUUGUGUGUUAUUUUACUUUUAAAAAAAUGUAUUUUAUUUAAAAGGAAUAAUCAAGGGAAUUAUAAAAUAGUUCCCAUGUGAAAUUUGUGAAAUGUAAGAGUGGCCUAACUUUUAUCACUGUCAAGUUACUGCUGAUAUGACUUUGAGAAUUUCUUUUUAAUAGGCUGUUUUUUCUAACAAUUGAUAAGAUUAUUUUCAUCACACAAGUCUCUUUAUACUUGUAUGUCUAUAAUACUGGCCUGUUUCUAUAUCAUUAUAGAUUAUUAAUAUUUCUUUAAUUUAUUAAUAAUUACAACAAACAAAAAAAUAAUAAAAUCCCAAAACGAUCUGAUAAGGCAGUUUAAUGAUUACAAAAUCCUAAUUUGUACACCUCCUUUUACUCUUGAUCUCAUCUUGGUUAAAUUCCUAGACUGCUCCACCUGCCUCUUUUGUCGUAUCAUGUAAAAAAAAAAUUUUAAAAAACGUUAAGGUAUCGACCUAUAAACCAGAGUGGGCUGUGCUCUAAGACAUGUCAUUUCCUUCCAUAGUUACUUAGACGCCAAGUAAGUAUUGCUCCAUGCAGAAAGCCUUCUCCUCUCCUUUGAUCAGAUUGUUGUGUGUAAACACUGUUGUGCCAAGCCCUCCCCCCCCCCCCCCCCCCCCCCCCNCCCACCUUCUUACUAUCGGCAACGUUAAAAUAAAUAGCCUGCAUAAUUUAAAUCCCAUGCAUUGUUAACAAAUCCCCAAAUCACAUUAAUUUCACUGAGCCAACUUUGAAAAGCCGCAAACUGGUUUUUUAUCCACCAAAAAAGAACAAAAUGAAACUUUGGAUAAGCCAUUAAUAACGCAUGGAUAAACACUGUUGACAUUAAAGGAAUAACUGAUGGGAUUGUUGCACAAAGGAAACAAAAAAAAUUAAUUGAUUUCAAUACGUUUUUAAACCCACACCUUAUCCCACCUUACUAUAGGAUCCUAAUAUACCUGCACAUUCCUUAACUCACUACAACGCCAGCAUGUGAGCAGAAACAUGCACCCAUCAAUGAACUAGACACAACACGAGGGAGAAAAGCUCCUUUCUUUUAUAUCUGAACUAAUGUCUUACAUUCAACGGUAGCAGUCACUGGCAGCGCAUGCACAUACUAGUGCAUUUGUGUGACCCACUCUACAAAAAUUAUAACGCAGCACUGAGUCUAGUAUUCAUGAAAGACCUGGGCUAUUUUUACAUGAUAUUGUGAUUGUUUUCAACAGUUUUAAAAAAAAUUAUGAUAGGUCAUGAAUGCGUGUUGUCAUCUCUAUACCUGGGGCUGUUGUGGCACUUCAUGACUAGUUAUGCAUUUGGAAUGAUUAUUUAGCUGCCCAUAAACAUGUAUAUAAAAAAAUUAGGACUAGAAAUAUGAAUAUAUUGAAAGAAAGAGUUAGUUUUAGAUCCGAAAUAGUUCAGUUUAUUGCAUGAAGUAAAAACAUUUUUGUUCAUACAUUUUGUUCUCAGAAAGAAAAUUGCUUUGUAAUAUUUGAAUUUCAUUUAAGUUUUACUUUGCAACUGUUGCCCUUUCAAGACAAAAAAAUUUGAGUGAACUGAAUUCUUUUUUUUUAAAUGAUGAGUUUUCCUAAGUAAAUUAUGUCUCAUUAUGUUUAAAGAGCAUUGGGUCUCAUAACUUCUUCAAGAAGAUCCAUUGCACCGAUGUCCCUUCUCUAAAUUGAAUUAAAUAAGAAGCAAUGUCACUCUUGAAGAUUAGAGACCACUGUUUUGAAAAUUUUGGGAAAUCUCAAUACCAACAACAAAAUUCUAACACUAAUUUUUUUUGUUACAUUUUUACCUAUUGUUACUAAUACUAUUUCAAUUAUUUUCCCUGUCAGUCACAACUGAGUGUGCCAGGUAUGCCAGGGGGAUUCCCAGGCGGUCGUAAGAUGUCUGCCAUGUCUGUCAUGACCGAGGCCAGUAAUGAGGAUGCUGGAGAUUUAAGUCCUCAUGACGAUGAUGAUGUAGAUGGCACUGGUGCCAAGGGUACAUCAGGUUAGUGUUUAGUCAUAAAGUCAGGCUCAUUUAAAGCAACAGAUUAUAAAGUUUCAUUUAUAAUCGUACGGAAUAUCUAAAUACAUAAAAAAAUUGGCAGACAGUUUUAAACAAAUAUUCAGACGUCUAUAUGAUGAAAAAGAAAAGGAAAGAGUAAAAAAAUUGUUUUUAUCAUACAGCCUGACUAAUGGGGGAAAAUAAUAUCUAUUGGCCGGACAGUAUCUGAAAUUCAGAUAUUCUUUUUUGUGGAUUUUAAUGUACCAUAUGUCCCAUCUGAUUUUCUAUAACAGUAAAUAAUAGGAGUUUCAUUUAAAAUUGAAAGAGCUCAUGAAAAGCUUUUUCAUUCAAUGUAAUUUUAAGAGACAAUACACAGUACAUAGCAGAUUUUGACUUUGACAGAAAUGUGUCAGUUAGAUGUACAUAGUAACUUUUUGUGAUUCUUCACAUGAUCAGCAGAUCAGCUGGAGGAGAAAGGCAAGUUGAUAAAGCAAGAGUUCAGGGAGACAGGUGCCGUCAAUGUUUGGGUGUACCUUAGGUAUCUCCGGUCCUGCUCUGUUACACUGUGUCUGCUCUCCCUCCUUUUGCAGGUGAAUAUUUUUUUCUAGCUUACAUGUUAUGUUGUUGAAGGAAUAGAUUUCCAAGGUUUCUGUAAAGUGAUGGAUGCAGGGCCAAAUACAUUUCAAAGUGUUAUUUGUAUUUGUAUACUUGCCAUAUUUGAGAUAGAAAUGCAAUGAAUAUACUGUAACUUGAGUGCAAUCAAUUAUUCAUUGACAAUGUUAAUUAUCAUUUAUUUCUGUCAGUUAUUGGGAGAAGCUUAUGUGAGAACUAAUAAGUCCCUGAUAUGGCUUAGAGAAUUUAUUGAAUGGCUGUUUUGUUUCACUAGUGAAAUAACUUAAUGUCUUUGUUCCAAUUGUUUUAUUUAUGUGCUGAAAAUGUACAAUGAAAUAAAAAACCAUAUCCAUUUGUUUGGAUCAAUAAAAGAAUCUUAUCUUAUCUUAUUUUGGGUCAAUUGGAAAGGACUUUUGAAGUCCUUUUCUCUACCUCUAGCUUUUGUGAACCGGCCGGCAAGUGUGAGAUAACAGAACAAGUAACAUCCCCAGAUUUGGUCUCAUAAAUUUCCCAUACUAAGUUCUUUCAAAGUGAACCUUCAUUUCUAGUUACCCUUCAUCAUAAGAGCUCUUUGUCAUUAUCUUUGAUUUUUCUUCACAUUCAAAUGGUAUCUUUUAUCUUAUGACCUUAUGAAACAAAAAAAAAAUGUUAAGUAAAUUUUAUUUAUUUCAGCUAACUUAUGUUAUUUAACAGAAGCAGCCAAUCACAGGAAUGGAUUUUCUAUAGUUAACAUUUUUAACCGAACAAACUAAAAUUAAAUAAUAAUUUUUUUAGUAAGCCUUCGCCACCCUGCAUUUUUUUCAUCUUCUUAGAUAUCAAAAUACAUCUACAGAAAGAUACCUAAAAUAUAAUUUUAGAAAUUUUACAUGUUACUUAAAGAAAAGAUAAAUAACCUAACUCUAUCUUAUAAUGUCAAACUGUUACAGCUUUCAUACCAUUCUCUGAUUGUGGCAUCUAAUUUCUGGCUCUCACUGUGGGCCAGUGACUCGAGUGUGUAUGCUAGAAAUUUGUCACGCUUUCUGGCCAUCUCAGGCAAUGUCACAGAGGAUUUCCAGGUACAAUUUUUAAAAUCAUAUAUCAUGUUUUACCUCAGUUUCAGAUAUCCUUUUAAAAAUAACUAAAGUGAUACCAUGUUCUCUCGUACCCGUAGUUCCACUUUUCCUAAAAAAAAUUAAUAAUUAAUUUCAUAUUUUAGCACAACUUCACUUUUCCUGUCAAAUCAAAACAAAUAUAUAAUUGAUAUUGCAGUAUCACUAUUGAACUUGUACAAAGCCUAGAAUUUCUCUCAUUGCUUCCUUAUUCCUUAUGAAUGAUGUCAGUUUCUAAAACUAUUUUUAAAAAAUUUGUGUUAAGCCAAUUGGAACUGAGCAUUUAUGAAUGCAUACUAUUUUGUCACUAAGAUCAAGUCAAGUAUGAUUUUAUAGAUGAAUUUGUGAAUUUGUUGUCGGUCAGCUAAUAAAGCACCAUACUAUUUUGCCUGCUCUUACUAGAUAAUUUUUAAAUACAUUCAUUAAGAAAAAUCUCAAAACUCAUGAGAAGUCGUCAAUGAGUUAUGAAUUGUGAAAGUUGAUCAGACUUCCAUGGAUACCUUUUUUACGAAUAGUUUUCAUUGUGUCUUUAAUUGCCAGUUUGACAAUUCACCCUACCUCAUGACUUUCAUCUACCUGUCCAUUGGGUCUGUGCUGGCCACACUCAUUGGAUGUCUGCUCAUUUAUCACACUGGCUAUGUGGGCUCCAAGAAUCUCUUCAUCAACAUGCUGGUCACGGUCAUUCAUUUUCCCAUGAGGUGAGUUGACUUGGGCUCAGAAGUGGACUGAAGUGCCCAGCGGCCCAGGACAAAAAUCUUAAAGUUGAAAUUUAAUAUGCAAGUUUUAUUGUAAUGUAGAAGUGGCCCAGGCACCCCAACCAAUAGCAAUGACCCUGACGGCUAAACCGAGAUUUUCCCCAGUAUCUUGGGGACUCAUUCCAUCAAUGCUUAGGCUAGAACAGCCUAGAGCAGUAUCAAAUAACUAGAUAGAGGCAUUAUAUUUUCAAUCAGAUUUUCUUACAGACAAGCAUAAACCAAGUGUUGUCUACAAGGGAAACUAGCUCUGAUUUAAUUGAAGUUUCCCAUCUUUGAAACGUAAGCAAGUCCUCCUGCCAUUCUUAAAAAUAGCUUCAUUUAUAAUUUGAAUAGUGCAUUGCUGGUGUUGCAUGUAGAAUACUCACCUGCUGAGCAAAUGACCCAUUUUUGAUUCCCUUAAGAAUAAACCUCCUUUAAAAUAUACUUUUAUUUGGUUUGUUAAGUCUGCCAUUCUUAAAAUGUAUUGUAUAAAACUAGAUCAUGCCUUGAAUGAAAUAGUAAACAAUAGAAAAUUAUACAUUGUAAAAAUAUAUUACUCUUUAUCCAUCAUUUUGACAAGUGUCUUCAUGCUAUUGAUAUAGUUUGGAAAUUUUCCAUGACUCAAUAUUAAAAUCAUUGUUCUUACUACAGAUUCUUUGAUACUAAUCCUAGUGGCAGAGUGCUCAACAGGUUCUCUGGGGAUGUCAUAGCUAUUGAUCAAGUAAGUGUACAACUCUACGACAGCACAAAUCACAUGAAACAAAUAAACAUUAUACUUAAACAACAAUUUAUUUUAAUAAAUAUUUUUAAUGUAUCCCAAAAAACAAAAUGUUUUAUUUGAGUGAAAGCUAUGCAUAAUAUCAGUGCUAUUUACUACUAAUCAACUAAGGCUAAUCAAAAGAGGAGGGACGGAUUUUGAUAAAGCUUAAGUACAUUGUGUGUUUACCAGUAUUUUGAUGCGACAAAAAAAUUAUAAUGUAUGAUUCGUAAAAAUGCCUCCUCCUCCAGACAAAAAUAUCUUAUAUCUACUAAAAAGUUAAACUAAACCAUGAUAAUAUAAUAUAAAAUAAUUUUAGUGAAAAAUAAAAUUUGACUUAUGCAAACUUAAAAGAUGGCCACUAGGCAAAACAUCAUGUGCAUUUUGAGUGCCAACAUUUGUAAAUUUUAGUAAUAUUGCUCUAUCGAUUUUCCAUUUUUCAGCGACUUGGAGGUCAUGUAGAAAACCUACUUCGCUGUACAUUUUUCACCAUCUCUGCCAUCAUUGUUAAUGCAGUUACCUCACCUUAUUUUCUGUUUGCUGCUGUGCCCUUCUUUAUCCUGUACUAUUGUUUGCAACGAUUUUUCCGCUCAACGGCAAGGUCAGAUGUUCCCUAUGUUGUUUGUUACUUGUACUGAUAUUUUGUAUUUAAUCAAAAUAUGAAUGCUUUCAAACAUAAAAAUGUUGAUGAAUGUCUGGUUUAAAUCAUAAGACAAUCAUGUCUGUGUGUGAGGAUGGCAGUAAGGGAGGAUAGUUGUAUUGUUUAAACUGUCCAUGCAUGAAGUGACAACUGUCAUAACAAUCAUCAAACACAAUGUUGGAUUUUUUUGCUGUUAAGUUGCAUCUGAACAUGAAAUUUCACCAAAAAAAAAAAAUUCAAUAUGGUUUACAAAUUUAAUGUGAACAAAAGUUUAAAAUGUAUAAGCAUUUUUCAAUCAGGGUUUCUAGAAAUCCUAAUCAGGGUUUCUAGGCAUGAAAUCACUCUUCAAGAAUGAAAUAGAAAAAUUUCGAAGAGGAAAAAGAUAUUUAAAAAACGUAAAAAAAAUACUUUCUAACUAAUGCGAGUUUAAAACACUAAAAAGUAGAAAUUUUUUAAAAACUUCCUUAAAUUGCAUAAUGCAAAUAAAUAUUUUCAGAAGUGUACAUUAGCACUCUUUGUAGUCAAAGGAUUUGAAUUGAAUGCAGAGGAAACUUAAAUGUUUUUAAAAAAAUAAUUUUUUGCAAAUAUUUUCCAGACAAAUAUUUUCUGUUGCAUAAUGCAAUUUAAGAAAUCUUAAAAUAAAUUUCUACUAUACGGUGUUUUAAACUCAUCUUUGAUAGAAAGUCUUUUUUUAAAAAGCUUUAAAAAAUAUCUUGUAUUUGUGUCUUUUAAGUAUUAAAAAUUUUAAUUUGUAUAUCAUUGAUAAAAAAAGAAGAAUUAUUUCCUUUUUUUUAAAGAAAGACCCAAAAUUCCAAAAAUUUCCUUUGACCUGCUAUACACAUCUCCCAUUUUUUUUCUCCCGCCUUUGACUGAACGAAACAGAUGCUGAUUACAGGUGACAAUGACACAGUGAGCGAGUUCGCUCAGUCACGUGCUUAAAAAAAAAAAAAUUAGGCUUGACACACAAGAUGAAAAUGCUUGUAGAGAAAAAAGUCUUUUAAAAAAAAAGCUUUCAUUAUAAAAAUCAAACAUUUUAAUGUGUUUUUUUUUGCUGAGAUAUCAUUUCAAAUGUUUUGUUAGAGUAAAAAGGUUGAGAAAUGCUUGGCUAUAUUUUAAAAAUAAUUCAUUUGACACAUCUUUUUUUAAAAUUUUUAACUUCACAUAAUGAAUUAUUUUCUAUCUUUUACACAGUGAUUCACUUGUACAGGGAAUAAUCAUUUUCAUUAUAAACUUAAUAUUAUUUCAGAGAACUACAAAGGUUAGACAGUGUCACCAAGUCACCUAUUUAUUCUCACUUCUCAGAAACUUUAAGUGGACUUACAGUAAUACGUGCUUUUGGGUAAGAUUGUUUGAUGUUUAAGUUUUAUAAAAUUUAGAGCUCUUUUUAUUGACUUUAAUUCUAUUUGACAUGAAAUUUAUCAGAUCUUUUUUUGAUGUCGUUUUUUAUUAACCUACCCAAAUUUUAGAAAGUUGAAAUUUUCAGGCAAUGGCAUCUUGUCAAACGUUUUUAACUUUCUUAGUUUAGCACCUUGAUUUACCGAUUGCUGAGAUCUUUAAAAAACUUUGUUUUUACUUUACAUCAUAUGAUAAUUAUAUUGCGCUAUUUUAGGACAGUGAAACUAAGCAUAUAGCCAGAAUGCUGUCUCUUUUUAAUAAUUGUGAGAUUCAACAUAUGACUACUAUGAAAAUGCAUGGAAUCCUAUAUAUGUUUUUCCAACCCUUUGCACCCUGGGAACAAAUGAUGAAACCUCUGAUAGGAAAUAGUGGAGGGUCAUACUUUAUAGAGGUUAGGAGCAGGUACAAAAAAACCUGCCAUGGAAGACCCCUUAAUGAGGGGAACAUUUAAGAGGGGGACACUCCUUAAUGAGGGGUACACCUCAUUAACUGGUUAGCUACCAUUAACCUGUGGGAGCGGCUGGGCGUUUCUUUCAUUAUGGCCACGUGCCGCUGGUAGCGCUAAUGUUUGUAUAUUACUAAAUCGAGUAAAAUAUUUAUAUUAUUCCGUUCCCGUUUUGCUUCAGGAUUUUAAUUUACCGACAAGAUGUUUAUAUUCGAACCGCAUGCUAUCGGCAGAAUGUUUUAAAAAACGAAAAGUUAAUUAAUUUUGAUUUAAUUUCCAAGCUAGUUACAAAAUUGUACUACUUGUUUACGGUGGCAACAAGGGUCAGGGUUACUAGAGGCAUAUAAGUGAUUGGAAUUGUAAAUAUUAUUCAAUUUCUGUGUUUUUUGGUGAAUUUUUCUUAUUAUUGGAUAUACUAUUUGGAAACCAACAAAUAAAAGGCUGUAAAUGAUUUUGAAAUUUAAAAUUUACACUAAGUUGGGACAUUUAUAUAUUUUUAAAAAAAAUUUCUAUUGUAAAUACUAAUUUAACAAUUAAUAAUUUCCCAAUUAAACUUAACUUUAAAAAUGUUUUAAGUUUAACUUUUGGACAAUUCAAUUACCUACAAAAUGGUUUAUUAAUAAUUAGAAUAUCUUUAAAAUUAAGAAAACUGCAGCUGAAUUUGUACAUACACCUAAAAUGAGAAAAUUUUACCUAAUUAUUUUUCGGCUACAGCGGGUUUUCAAUCUGGUAGCUUAUCAGUUAAUUAGUGGAAAACCCCAUUAGUGCUAUGUAUCAUUAUCUCAUUUGGUUAUUUCAUAUCCUCAUUAGAACCAGUAUCUUUGCAAAUGAGAGGCUCACCAUUCCACCUCAUGGCCUAGUGCUAUUUAUGGAAAAAAGAACGCAUUGACAAUAAGGGACAAAACUUUCAUUAAAUUAAAUGAAAGUAACAGUUAUCUGUGUUGAUAUUUAAUAUGUUUCCAUAGUGUGUCUAUUGUAUUGUAAUUAUUCUAUUAUCAGAUGUAAUGUAUUGAAAUGGUCGUCAAGCAGGCCGGUGUGUUUUCCGUGUGUUUCUUGCUAUAUUUAAUCCAUAAGAAAAAUUUGUUAUAUUUCAGUGUCCAAACAGAUUUCAAAAGGCGAGCCUUCAAAGCCAUUGAUGUCAAUGUCACUCCAUUUUUAUUCAUUCACACAACCAACAGAUGGCUAGGGAUACGCUUAGUAAGUCACAUGUUGUACUGCUAAGUUGUGUUUGCCAUUUGUUAUCUAAUGUGUGAGUGUGACACGUAGUACAGACCUGUUUACUCUUAUGAUUUUGGCGUACAAUGUACGAUUUUGAGGUGUAUACAUUAUAUAUACUGUAUGUUUAUUUUUACUACUAAGAUAAUGUAUUGAACGAUUUUGUGAUGAUAUUGUACGAUUUUAAGAGUUUGAGGGUUAACAGUUCUGGUAGUAUGUUGUAGGCCUAUAUGACAUAUAUAUUGUGUGACACGUGCUAUUCUAAAUAUAUCAAAUGUUAAAUGGAUUAGACCUAAAGCUAAAGCAGACCUGGUUCCUCUUUGAAUUUUGGCAUACAAUGAAUGAUUUUGAGAUGUCACUAUAUGUUGUACGCCUAGACCUAUCAGAGCUACAAUUUUAAGAGAGCACUUUGAAAAAAAUAUAUUCCGGUAUUUUUUCUGAUUACAAAAAAAGGAAAAACAUUUUCGGUUGUUAGUUUUUGCUUCUUCCUAAAUCCGGUGGUGAAUGGACCAAUAAAUACUAUUGGUUGGGGACCAUCCUUAAUUAAAUUAUGUGCGUAUUGACAAGGGAAGGGAGGGAUGGUGCUGAUUUAGGAUUAUGUGUGUGCAUGGUGAAGGGAAGGGAGGGAUGGUGCUGAUUUAGGAUUAUGUGUGUGCAUGGUGGGUUGGGGGGGGGGGGAGUUGCCAAAAUAUUUUUCAAGGCAAUAAAAUAACACCACCUUGUUUCAUAAUAAUAGUGAUGAUGAUCAUAAUAUAGUUGCUUUAUGUUUUCAAAUGAACAUGCCAGAUAUGGCAAACUGUGAUAUUUAGCUCAGUGGCAAGUUUAGUCAAGAUUAGCAUUUUUUUUUGCAUCUGUGCUGUAUGACAUAAUUAUUUCUUUUUUUCCGGCAUAGCCACAACCAUUGUGAUAAUGGAGAAAAAUAAUGAUUUUAAAAAUUCAUUUUUAACUGCUGGCCCAGCAGUGUUAGAUUUUCACAUGUUUUAUCAGCGUUAUAAGAUCUAGUUUGCUGCGCAGAAUUUGAAGUUUAGUUUUAGAAGUUACUAAGCAGGUUAUGCUUUUAAUACCUGAGUUUGGUUCCAGUAUUCCACUUCCCUUCUACCAAUACAGCUUGCCGUAAUUAACACAGGGGUCACCAAACUUUUUUCAUGGCGGGCUGGAUAGCAGAAAAAAUGACAAGCGCGGGCCGGAUAAUCAUUCUGUGCAAUACUUGCAAGCUAGAACGAAAGCUGUGGGGAUAAAAGAAGAAAAACUAAGUUUAGUAUUCCCUAUUAAUCAUGACACCACAAAUAAACACGAGAAGUUGUGAGAGAUUAGUAGACUCAUCCAGUGCCAGCCAUUAAUUCUACAGCAAGUUCCUAGCUUUCUCACGUAUCAGUAGCGUUAUGUUCUCUCCCUAUUCUUCUGUUCUCUGCACAGCUGAACUUGCUGAAAGGCUGUUAGUUCCAACCGCAGCGACUAUAUGUCCUUGUAUGUUUCCCUCAAGUUACUUGGAAAGUUUUUCAAAUGAUGUCAUUAUUUGUAAAUUAAAUCUUACUUAAAUACAUCUUGUUUUAUGCUGAUCUGACUUCGAGUUUGAACCACGUUAAAUUUCACCAGUUACUUUAUUUUUACCAGUGACAGCCUGUGAUAACGUUAUUUGUACGUGCACUCAAAAUAAAUUAAUAUCAAUAGCAAAUACAUGUCUGCUAAACAAAGUGACCACAGAUUGUAAUUGGAAACGUCUGUACGCUAUUUUUAGAAGUUUAACUUUUUUAACGCCAGCUUAACUCGAUUUCAAAUAGGCACUGUGAUUAAGUAUACUGUUUAUUUAUUUACUAUUAAUAAACCGUAUUGUAAGAUUCUGAGACGAUGUUGUAUGAUUUUAGGAGUUCAAGGGUAAACAGGUCUGCAAUAAACAAGAAAAUCUAGAUACAACAGUUUAAAAUUGAAAAUGGUAAAUUUAAGGUGCACGGCAGCUAGGAGGUCUCCGCACAUGUGAAGAUCUCCUAGUAUUCUAAACAUAAUUAUUGAAAUUUAAAUCAAAUCACAAGGUCGCGUGUUCCAUACCUUUUAUCAAGAAAUUUCAAAUAUCGUCGGCGGGCCGGAUGAACUGGUCUCAUGGCCUGAUAGACUGGCCUCACAGGCGGGAUCCAGCCCACGGGCCGUAGUUAGGUGAACCCUGUUUUAACAGAAUAAAUGGAAUACAAAUCAGACCCUAGGGCUGUAUGAAAGGGAGGCCGAGUUAAAUAUUGUGGCCCGCCGGAUGUAUAACAAAUGAACUUUUUUCUUCAUUCAAAUAGCAAUCACUUUGAUUCUUGGCAUAAAGCACAUUUGACAUAUUUAUAAAUCCUUUUUUUCUAAUGUUAUGUUCUAUUUUGGUUUCCUGGGCCCUUUUUUUUUGGACUGAUUUUUAAAAAAAGGAUUGAAAUAAGUAAUCUUAAUUAAUUAAACAACCCAUAAAAACAAAGUUUUUCAUACAAAUCCUUUAUAAAAUGUAAUAUCAAGCAAUGGUGGGGUGAGGCUGAAAAUUUUACAAAACAUGCAUUCAAGGGUUGGAGGAGUGGGGGUGGAGCUGAAAAUUUGUUAAAUGUUUUUUCAUCAGCGAGGUCUUUAUGUGAAGCUUUAGGUGGACAGAUAGACGGGAAGUGGGUCAAUUAGUCAUCCAAAAAUUUUGCCACACACCCAGCCAUAAAGAAACGCACAAACAAAAGUGAAGUUAAUAUAGAGGAUUUAAAAAUGAUAAAAAAAUUAUAUUAUUUAGUAACUACUAAAAUAAAACAUGUUUAUAAGCACAGGUAGGUAAAAGAAAUUAAUUAUCCACAAGCAUAUCUUCAAUUUUUCUCCAAUUUAAUUGUAGAAUGAUGCAAUCUGUAAAUAGAUUUCUAGGGAGGCCCCCUUGGCCCCCUACUUUUGAUCAUGUGACUUUGGUGGGCAUCCCUGAUUUCCUCUUCACCGCCCCCAUUUGGUGACCCCCCAUUUUGGUGUAUCAAAGUGGCUGUGAUAAGCACCUUUUGUAUUUGCAAUUAAAUAAUAAAGCACUGUAUAUAAAUAUAUAUAAACAUCAGUCAUCUACUUGAAGAAGUGACCAUUUUUACACAUUUACUGUCUGUAGGUAUUGUUAACAUUAUAUUUAUACACGAUUUGUUUAUUUACUUUAGCAAAGCAGUUUUUGUAAGAUUAUGAAGUGGUAAAGUACUAUUUUUAAACUAUGUUGUACUAUUUUGGGAAUUCCAAGGUACUCAGGUCUGCUAACGCAAUAUCAUGCAUCAAAUUUUUAGAUUAAAUGUAUUUAAAAAUAACCUUUUUGUUCAUAAUUUAAAAAAAGUUCAUGUUUUAACAAUAUUAUUUCAUAUCUUGCCAGGAUUACAUGAGCUGCCUGUUAGUUUUUAUUUCAUCUGUUGCCAGUUUAAGCUCAGGACUCCAUGGCCUAGCCAAUCCAGCAUUUAUUGGGCUAUGCAUAACUUACACACUCAUGGUAAAUUUUCUGUACACAACCAACAUGUAUAUAUGAGAAAUGAACAAAAAUGUGUCUAGCCCAAAGUGCAGAUUUUGAUAUCUUAAAUUUUGUUUAAGCCAGUGUCUAGUUGAAAUAUUCAGUGUUUUUGUAUGCCAAUUUUCUUAAUGUUAUGACUACUGAUAAUCUUAAAUCAAAAGUUCAAAAACUUCAUUCAAAGCAAUAAAAAAAUUGUCAAUGCUCAAAUUUUAUUUACUUUCAUCUUCUUUCCUAAGGGUUAAAUCACCCAAUUCAAAAAAGAGUUAUCUCCCUCCUUUCACAACAGUAUUAUUAUUUGUUUGUUCUCCAUAUACCUCUCUUAGGUAUCAGGUCAACUGAACUGGAUAGUGAGGAUAUCCACGGAAGUAGAGAUGGGCAUGAAUGCAGUAGAGAGGGUGCUGGAGUACACAGACAUGGAGGUGGAGGUUACGGUGUCAUCUGCUGGUAAAGUCAGACAAAGUCUUUUUUAUGUCCAUAAGAAGUUUUGUUACUUUUAUACAGAAAAGAAGGUAACUUAAAAGGUAACUUAAAGUGGCCAUUCGGUCCCAAAAUAUUAGUCUCCAUUGUACUCUGUUCCCUCAGGCUCUGUCUCAGUCCCUGAGUCCUGGCCCAGUGUUGGCAGAGUAGAAUUUAUUGAUGUCACCCUGAGCUAUGCCUCGGAUCUGGAGCCAGUGCUUCACACUGCAUCAUUUGUUAUAGAAGGAGGAGAAAAGGUAGUUUUUAAUUAUAGAAGCUUUAUUUUUAUCUUUGUAUUAUACAAAUUUCUUGUUUUGAUUUGAGAAUUUAAAUCAUUAAUAAAAGAGCUUUAAGCAUUUUUCUCCAUAUUUUUUUCUUUUCAAGAUUGGAAUUUGUGGUCGAACAGGAAGUGGAAAAUCUUCCACUAUCCUAGCCCUUUUUCGUCUGUUGGAGAUUGUGGAAGGCACAGUGUUUAUUGACUCCCUUGAUAUAUCUAGAGUAGACCUUGUCACAUUGAGGUCAAGACUGGCCAUCAUACCACAGGAUCCUGUUUUAUUCACUGGGACUCUUAGGUCAGUACAAUAUUUGGGACCAUUAGUACAAUUUUAUUAUAAACUCAUAACUCCAAAAUUUUUUAGAAUUCUUAUUCCUUUAUGUCUGUCAAGAAAAAUCAUCAAAAAAAUAAUGGCAUGUGUGUAUAUUUAUUAUUCAUUUAUCGAGAGAAUUUAUCUAAAACAGAUAACUUGACGAUGGCCUUUUAGUGUAAUUUAUGAAAUAAAAAUGAUGGAUUUAAGUAUCAAUAAUAAUUAAGUUAUGAGAACAAAUCUGGAAUUUUUAGUUUUUGCUUUAUAUGAUGGCAUGGAUAAUGAAUAGUUGGCAAUAUCAAACCACCUUCAGAAAUUAAAGUAAUUGCUGGUAAUCUGUAGUUGUCCCUCCUUAGAUACGGUUGUCUAUGAAAACAAAACUUUCUAAAUAUAUUUCAUAUCAAUAUGGAUAAAAACCAAAGCUGUCGUGUGGGCCCUGCAAACCCUUAUGAAAAAAAGUAAAAUUAAACUACCAAUAUUGAAAGCAGGGGUGCAAACCGAAAAGUGGCACAGGGCCUUCAAAAGUCACUCAAGGGCCCUGAAUGCAAAUGGCUGGUGGCAACCCAUGCAUAUCAUUGAACUAGACUCGAUGGAAUCAAAUCUCUGUGAAUUACAUUAAUCUUUUAGUUUUACAGCAAUCCUGACUUCUCUACAGGUUUAAUCUUGACCCAAAUGAUGUCAAGUCUGAUGAGAAACUAUGGUCUGCAUUGGAAGCAGUACAGAUGAAAGACAUGGUCUUAGCAUUACCAGAGCAGCUAGGUAAAUGUCCAGUAGAGCAGUAUUAUUUUCAAGGAAAUUCAAUGAUGUAUGUGUUUUAGACAACAUAAGCUAAAUUUCAGGAUUCAUUAUUUAACUCCUAAAGACUUGAUUGGUUCAUUUUUGCCACACCACCACAUGUUCAAUUGUUAUCUAGUAUCCCCAACCCCAAAGAAAUCUAUUUGCUGCUGACAAUGUGACUGGUUUGUGUGCUCAUUUGGUGUCACAGUUUCCCUCACAUGCUUGAGUUUGUCAGCACCACAAAUGCUGCAGCAGAAAACUUGUAUGAGCAUUGCGGUCAUGUCGACUUGCCUUUGACUUGGGGAAGUUGACGCAUGUACUCGCUAGGGAUGGAAAAAUAUUUAUUAUGAUACUUAUUGCUGUUGUCCAUUGUUUAUGUUCAUAAAAAAAAAAAUGGUUCAUUCUGACAGAUGCAGAAGUUGUUGAAGGGGGAGAAAACUUCAGUGUUGGCCAGAGACAGGUGAGUUCAUUCCUCCUGGUUCAAAGCUGUAUAAAUUAAUUUGAAAAAGUGUUGCAUUUCCAGUUGACAAUAUUUAUUUUAAUUUAGACAAGGGCAUAAUUAUUUCAUUGUUACUAUAAUGAUUUCCCUUACAUUUUUGUUUAUAUUGUACCCUGUGUUGCACCAACAUGAUCCAGCAUAACAUACUUCAACCAGCUAUUUUUUUUUUAUUUGGUCAGCAUCAAUAUUGCUUUGGUUUCUAGCACAGGUGGUAGAGUUGUUUUUUUUACUCAAGGUUUUCAUCCUCUCCUAGGAUACUUACCUUGUUCAGGUGGCAAGUCCAUUUCACCUGGUCAUUGUGUCACAUCAAUGGAUGAAACUCCGGGUGCACUUGAACCUAUGAUCUCCUAAUUUAUGAUUUGAAAAACAAAAUUUUUACAGUUGCAUGUCUGUAUUAACAACUCAACCUUUUUUUAAAAUAAUAGGAAUAAGGCAGUGGUUCCCAAACUUUUUGACUCGCAGAACCCUUUUUAGAAUCGUGGGGGGGGGGGGGGGGGGGGGGGGGGGGGGGGGUGGCUCUUAAGCCUACCCUAUGUCUGACAAGAAAAUGGUGUUUAUUUUAUUUCCUGGAGCAGUCGUGGAGCCCCAAAGAAGUGUGCUCAGGGCUCCACGUAGAGCACAUUGGAAACCACUGGAAUAAGGUACAUUUACUGUCAACUUAAAUGCUGAUCUAAGUUUCACAGUCAUGUCUAAUGAAACAGAAGAGACUCACAAUUAAGCAUUAUGACAUUCCCACCCCCAUCAGCUGAUCUGCAUGGCCCGUGCAUUUCUACGAGAUUCCAAGAUCAUUGUGCUGGAUGAGGCCACCGCGUCCAUCGAUUUGGAGACUGAUGCCAAAAUUCAGGAUAUCAUACAUCACGCAGCACAGGAGCAUAAAACCAUCAUCACCAUAGCCGUAAGUUGUCUUUUUGCAAAAAAGUUUUGUACGAAGUGUAGCCGUUCAGAAAGCAGAACAAAAAGCCUGUGUAAGGGUAGCCAUAAAAAGGUUUUAUGAAAUUUUACAAAUUGAAUGCUUAUUUUAUUACUCUUGCUUGUUCACAAUUUAAUUUUGUUUUUGAAGAAGAAUUGGGGUGGGCAAAAUAUCUUUUCAGUUUUUAAAAGAUAUUGGGAGGGGGGGGGGAUGUUUUUAAAAAAAAAAGUGGGGUGGGGGGGAUGAUAAAUCUUUGUGUAGUUAAUUUUAUUAAACAAGCUGGGUCUGUCCAACCUUCUCAAUCCGUGUAAGACUAGGCUUGAUAUUAAAAUGGAAGAACAUGUAGAGGCAGGCUGGGUCAUUUAUUAAACAAGAUGGGUCUGUCCAACCUUCUCAAUCCGUGUAAGACUAGGCUUGAUAUUAAAAUGGAAGAACAUGUAGAGGCAGGCUGGGUCAUUUUCACUCUCAAUGAUUAGCAGGAACAAGUUAAAAUAAUGUGGGUGGACUUGGUUUUUGAAUGAGUCAGUGGAUCCUUGAAUGUCUUUGUGUUACAGUUGUAGUGUAUUACUGUCUUUGUGUUACAGUCAUAGUGUAUUACUGUCUUUGUGUUACAGUCAUAGUGUAUUACUGUCUUUGUGUUACAGUCAUAGUGUAUUACUGUCUUUGUGUUACAGUCGUAGUGUAUUACUAUCUUUGUGUUACAGUCGUAGUGUACUACUAUCUUUGUGUUACGGUGUUAUUGUGUCAUAUGAAUUGAUUUAAAUAAGAGACAUUUUUUUACAUUUAUCCAUUUGCUAAUUGGUACAGCUCUGUUACCUUGUUUCAGCAUCGCCUGUCCACAAUCAUGAAUUAUGAUAAGGUAAUGGUUCUUGAGUACGGGGAGCUAAAAGAGUUUGCUCCCCCUAGUCAGCUUGCAGCAGAUGAUCUGAGUGUCUUCUACAGUCUGCUACAUGGGACUUCAGACCAAGACAACAAGUAA